AUCUCGUUUCCUUUUGUCAUUAGUGUGUAUAAUUGUUACUAAUAUGAAGGAAAUUGUGUUAUUGUGAUAACAAAAUCUGUAAUAGCUAUUUUUAUUAUUGCAUUAUUAAGUAGAGGCAUGCAGUCUUUCCUUUAUAACAGCACUGUCUGUUAUUUAUUUUUUAAUACCUUCUUUCUUUAAAAUGUUAAGACCAGUUCUCUUGUGUAUUGUCCUACUCCACUGCUUUAACAUAUCUUCAGCUAAUGAUGAGGAAUCAUCCUCUUGUCAGGCAGCAGCUACUUUAUCUUGUGAGGAUAUUAAGAAUUAUUGGCCAGAGAGUUCAUCAGGAUAUUAUAAUAUAAUAGGCAAAGGAAAUGUAUUUUGUAAUAUGGAGAUGCUACAGGAAUCUAUAGUCAAUCCCUCCAACAUUCAACCAACAGAGACUGUAUUAACCAGCAGUGAAUCUACAGAGACUAAUUCAGUUCUAUUAACCAGUUCUGUGUUAUUAAGCACUUCAUCUGUCUAUCCUACUGAGUUUAGUUCAAUUUCCCUCAGUAUUCCCUCUUCUAGUGUUAUUCCUCUUGAGACUAAUGUAUUACCAGAACCAUGUGGUUCAGGAGGAGGAUGGACAAGACUAGCAUAUCUGGAUAUGUCUGAUGCUACACAGAACUGUCCUUUUGGGUUUAAACUGUACCAGUCAGGAGGAGUUAGAGCUUGUGGUAGGACUAACAGCAGUGGUGGCUGUGAAGCAAUGAAACACUCCCAUCUUUUGUAG